GGCUCACAUCCGUGCCCGCGAGCCACGAGUCAGAGGCUCGUUUCGAACGGCUCGCUCCCGACCUGCCCAUCCCGAACGUGCGUCACGUAUGCAGACACACAAAAGCGAGAGGACGCUUUCAGGAAGCCAUGUUGACGACGCUCGUCACGCCACAUUUCGACGCAUAAACGGCGGAGGGGGGAGACCACGCCAAAGUGAGCCCGUAGUUCGACUCGGAAGGACGGAGGUAGCGAAGAUGUCGGCGGACGAUUUCCAGAGCAAGUACGCCUCCUUCAUGGAGCACAUCGUGAAGAGCACCGUCGAGGAAACUACCAAACUUUUUGAAACUAUGGUCGACGACUUAAAGGCGGAACUAUCGAGGGCCAAGAUGGAGAACGAGGCCCUGAAAACAACAUGCCGGGAAAACGAAACCCUGAACACUCCUUCGGUCAACGAGUCGAGCCAAAGCGAGGGCCCGGAGCGGCGCGACACGGCCGUCCAAUGCGACCUUCUUCCCAGCCACGCCUCAUUGGGACAAAGCACAGAGGAUCAAAACCCACAACGUGCUCACGAAGAGAGGGUUUACAACCUGCUGAAGGACCACGACUAUGAUGCUUCAUUUAAAGAUAUUUUUUACCAGUCGCAGCCAGAGAUGUUAAAUGUCUCUCGACCCACAGACACCAGCAAUGAACUCUUCCUUGCUCUCUCAGAUUCAUCACCAGACUCUUCCGGUGAAACUGACUCAGAAGACUACCAGAUUGACCAGCAAACUGACACAGAAGACCAUCAGACUGACCAGCAAACUGUCACGGAAGAUAUUGACCGGCAAUGUUCAUAUGGGAUGUGUAGAAAAAAUAAGUGCUUAGUGACCGCAGUUCAAGCUGGGUUAAAAAGAGAUGGCGAUGUACACAAACCACCAACUAAAUCGGCAAGAUCACCUGCUACCACUGGUAAUAACACAAAAGCGAAAUCCAAUCAGACGUUGGGGCGCAAAGGAUACGCUAAUCCCUCAACUUUCCAAGAACAGUUGGCCGCACCAAAGGUUAAAAUUCAGCAUCAAUCAUUUGGUAAAACACCAGCAAAUAAACAAGCGCGUGUGGUUGUGCAGCAGUACAGUGGUGUUUCCCAUUCAGAAGAACAGCAAGUGGAGCCAAGACUGCCGGAGAAACAAAUGCAGGGGAAGGAACAGCAAGUGGAGCCAAGACUGCCGGAGAAACAAAUGCAGGGGAAGGAACAGCAAGUGGAGCCAAGACUGCCGGAGAAACAAAUGCAGGGGAAGGAACAGCAAGUGGAGGCAAGACUGCUGGAGAAACAAAUGCAGGGGAAGGAACAGCAAGUGGAGCCAAGACUGCCGGAGAAACAAAUGCAGGGGAAGGAACAGCAAGUGGAGCCAAGACUGCCGGAGAAACAAAUGCAGGAGAAGGAACAGCAAGUAGAGUCCACUCUGUUGAAAAAACAAAUGGAGCAGAAGGAACAGCAAAUAGAGUCAACAUUGCUGAAAAAACAAAUGGAGAGGAAGGAACAGCAAAAAGAGCCAACACUGUGGGAGAAACAAAUUGAGAGGAAGGAACAGCAAGUACAGUCAACACUGCUGGGAAAACAACCGGAGGGAAAGGAACAGCGAAUAGAGCUAACAGUGAUAGAGAAAGAACUGGAGGGAAAGGAACAGCGAAUAAAGCAAACACUGCCAGAGAAAGAACUGGAGCAAACGGAGCAGCAAGUAGAGUCAACACCGCUUGAGAAACAAAUGGAGAGGAAGGAACAGCAAGUAGAGUCAACACUGCUGGAGAAACAACUGGAUGUGGGGGGAAAUAAGUGUAGCUUGACUGAAGAGGAACAGCAAGUGGAGCAAACACUGCCUGAGAAAGAACUGGCGGGAAAGGAACAUCAAGUAGAGCCAACGGUGCUGGAGAAAGAACUGGUGGGAAAGGAACAGCAAAUAAAGCAAACACUGCCAGAGAAAGAACUGGAAGGAACGGAACUGCAAGUGGAGCAAACACUGCUGGAGAAACCACUGAAGGAGGGGCCAAACAAAUAUGGCUCGACUGAAGAGAAGGCAAACGUGGAAAUAAAUGUGACGGUAAACAAAAACCGAAGGCAAAGAAAACAGCCCUCAGACAAAGUAAAACGUUUGCUUCAGACUCCGAAACAAAUAGGUGUUUCAGCGUCAAAUAAUGGCGAGGAACAUAAUGGAGUGGAACACGUUCCUACUAUUUUCGAGAGGUACACAUCUUUAUGUGAGGUUACAAAAGUGAGUCCGAGGUCAUGUACAACUGAAAGUACCACCAAAGCCAGCCCUGCAAAGAGUUCAUUCCCACCCGAGAUCAUCUCUGUUCAGGGAAAUGCCAGUUCGAAAAAGACCCGAGCAAAUCGCCCGCACCAGGAUAGGUCUGCCCAUAAAAAGACUGACUCUCCAAGGAAAAGUUUAAUUAGAAAAUCUGGUCGUUCAAAAAAAUUCUAUGGCAUCACAAAAGUGUGUCUGAGAUCAAGUACAGCUAAAGAUGCCACCACCACCACAAACAGCCCUCUAAAGACAACAGACCCACCUGGUCGUAAGAAGCGUGUCUCCACCCGGGAAAAUUCUGCCUUGAAAAAGACCCAAACUAUUUCGCCACUUCAAGAUAGGUCUGAAAAUGCAGACACGGAAUCUUCAGGGAAAAGGUCAACUCGAAAUUCUGCUAAUUCUAAUAAAUCUCCUGGGGUUCCAGAAGUGUCUCUGAGGUCAAGUACAACUAAAGAUAGUGCCACAACCAGCCCCCUAAAGACUAAAUUCUCACCUGAGAUUAUCUCCACUCAGGAAAAUGCUAGCUCGAAAAAGAUCCAAACUGUUUCUCCACAUCAGGAUGGGUCUUUCCGUAAAAACACUGAAUCUUCCGAUAAUGGAUUAGGCCAAGAUGGUGCUAGUUCAGAAAAGUCUCUUUGUGUUCCAGAAGUGUGUCUAAGAUCAAGCACAACUAAAGAUACCACCAGCACGCCAAAGAGUACAGUCCCACCCGAGAGUAUCUCCGCUGAAGAAGAUGCUGGCUCGCAACUGACCCAAACAAUUUCUCCACACCAAGAUUUGUCUGCCCAUAAAAAGACAAAAUUAAUUAAAAAUUCCGCUACUUCAAAAAAGUCACAUGGUGUUCCAGAAGUGUGUCUUAAAUUAAGUACAACUAAAGAUACCACCAAAACCAGCCCCGCAAAAACUGCACCCCCACCUGUGAGUAUGUCUGCUAAAGAAAAUGCUAGCUUGAAAAAGACCCAAACAAAUUCCCCACAGCAGGACAGGUCUUCCCAUAAAGAGGUUGAAUCUUUAGGGACAAGAUUAAGUACAUUUUCUGCUAGCUCAAAGUCCCACGGUGUUCCAGAAGUGGGUCUAAUAUUAAGUACAACUAAAGAAACCACCGCAACCAGCCCCCAAAGAGUCCAUUCCCACCUGAGAUUAUCUCCACUGAAGAAACCGCUAGCUCCAAAAAGACCCAACCAGAUUCCCCACAGCAGGAAAGAUCUGCCCAUAAAAAGACUGACUCUUCAGUGGCAAGAUUAAC